AUGAACAGACAAAAGGUUUCUGGCUCCAGCAAAAGAAAAAUGUGGGUUGUGGCCAAUGUUUUUGGUCAGAGAAAAGCAGAAGUGUCUGAUAUUUCUGACUCCAGCAAAGGAGAUGUGUUGGGUACACCCAGUAGUUCUGGCUCCAGCAGAGAAGCGUGGUCUACAUCCAACCUUUCUGGCUCCAGAGGAACAGAAUCACGGCAUACAUACAAUGUUUCUGGCAACAGAGAAAGAGAGGUAUUGGAAAGACAGUGUGAGGAUACUGAUCCCAGAAAGACAACUGCAGAAUGCAGCAGAUAUAUAUCUGACAUCUCACCACAGCCAUCAGCCUGUGGAGACCAGACUUCUAACAUGAAGGAAAUGUUUGAAAUUAUGAAAGAGAUGGACAACAAAAAAACAAAGGAAAUGUUCGAAAUUAUAAAAGAGAUGGACAAUAAAAAAAUGAAGGAAGUGCUCGAAAUGAUAAAAGAGAUGGACAACGAAAAAACAAAGGAAAUGUUUGAAAUGAUAAAGGAGAUGGACAAUAAAAAAACAAAGGAAAUGUUCGAAAUGUUAAAAGAGAUGGACAAGAAAAAAACAAAGGAAAUGUUUGAAAUUAUGAACGAGAUGGACAACAAGAACACAAAGGAAAUACUUGAAAUGAUGAAAAAGAUGGACAACAAAAUAAUAACUUUGUCUGACACUGUUCACACUCUACUUCACCUUCUGGAUAGUCACAACAGAGCACUUCCUGAAAGGAUAAUCCAAAUACUGCAUAAGGAGAAAGAGGAAAAUGAGAUGCUGAAAGAGAAGACCAAAAAGCUAGAGGAAAGAAUCCAAGAGCUGUUGGCUAAAGCGAUGGCCAUGCACCAGCACUCUGAGGACAUCAAUGACCCUUCACGUUUGUCUGCUGUGCUGGAGAGAUACGAGAUGCUGCGGCUGCAAGAAUGGGAGAAAGUCAGGAGCUCCAUGCCCCACCACUGGACCUAUGAAGAAGGCAGUCGCACCAUUAGGAAGGUGUUUGAUGCCUGCGAAAAAGAUAUACAACAGAGAAUGGAGAACAUACUUACAGUUCUUUACAUUCCACCUUCGAAUAAGGUGGUGAUGCAAGACAUAAUGAAGCUGUUCAGGCAACACUAUCACCAAAACUCAAUGGUUUACGACCAGAUUGUUCAAGAAGCUGACAUUCACAUAAGAACUGAAAGUGAAACACAGUUCCUGCUGCAGUGCUGCCAAAUUUAUUGCCUGCUGCUUCUUCAGGACCCCCCAGUUAAAGCUGAGUGGAAGAUGAACAGAAGGCAUGGAGCCUUCUGUCUAGAGCACGUGGACAAGAAAGAUGCAAUGCACUGGAAAAAAGUAUCACUUCUGUGGCCCAUAAUGAAAUGUGGGGAAGAAAUUAUUGUGAAAGGUGUAGUCUGGGAUCAAAGGACAAUGCCUUGAGAGUUGGGCUAAUUACUUAGCCAUAAGAUGAAACAGCUGCUAUGUAAUACUCUGCUUUUCUUUCUCCCAUGAAUUGCCUACUUUUCAGAGCUAGUAAGUUAGACAUCUCCCACUUGGGACACCUAGGAUAAAUCAUCAUUAACAAACCUGUAUUAAAAAUUGAAGCUAUUCCAAUUGUGUCCUCACAAAGGCCACCUGCCUGUUAGCACUCCUCUGCUUUCCCACAUCUGUACAAUUUACCUCUCCCAAUGUCCUUCAGCUACACGUGUGCCAUGGCUCUGGACCAAAAACCUCUAAAAGUUGUACUCCUUGCAUACUGGGGAUGCAAGGAGGCAAAUGCA